UUCCACAGCCUGCCCCUGCUCAGGUGCAUAUUCGUGCGGGAGAGGGUCACCGUCGUCCACGCCCACAGCUCCUUCUCUGCCAUGGCCCACGACGCCCUGUUCCACGCCAAGACCAUGGGGCUGCGGACCGUGUUCACGGACCACUCGCUCUUCGGGUUUGCGGAUGUCAGCUCGGUGCUUACCAACAAGCUGCUGACGGUGUCCCUGUGCGAUACGAACCACAUCAUCUGUGUCUCCUACACGAGUAAGGAGAACACGGUGCUGCGAGCAGCUCUAGACCCUCGGAUAGUUUCUGUCAUCCCCAACGCUGUCGAUCCCACUGACUUCACUCCAGACCCCUCAAGGAGGGAUGACAGUACAAUAACCAUCGUUGUUGUCAGCAGACUCGUUUACAGAAAAGGUAUAGAUUUGCUUAGUGGCAUAAUUCCUGAGCUCUGCCAGAAAUACCCAGAAUUACAUUUCUUAGUUGGAGGAGAAGGACCAAAACGCAUCGUACUGGAAGAAGUCCGGGAAAGAUACCAGCUACAUGACAGGGUACGUCUCCUAGGAGCCUUGGAACACCAGGAUGUUAGGAAUGUUCUUGUUCAGGGGCAUAUUUUUCUCAACACUUCUCUCACUGAGGCCUUUUGUAUGGCAAUUGUAGAAGCAGCAAGCUGUGGUUUGCAGGUGGUGAGUACAAGAGUUGGUGGGAUUCCUGAAGUGCUUCCAGAGGAUCUCAUUAUUUUAUGUGAACCCUCUGUGAAGUCUUUGUGUGAUGGAUUAGAAAAAGCUAUUGCCCAGCUGAGAUCAGGAGCACUUCCAUCUCCAGAAACUGUUCAUAAUAAAGUAAAGACAUUUUAUACGUGGAGGAAUGUAGCAGAAAGAACUGAGAAAGUGUAUGACAGGGUUGCAGGUGAAGUAGUUUUAUCAAUGGAUGAACGGCUUACCAGACUCAUGUCUCAUUGUGGCCCAGUGACUGGGUGUAUUUUUUCUCUUUUUGCUGUUCUGAACUUCCUUUUCUUGGCGUUUCUGAGGUGGAUGACUCCAGAUUCCAUUAUUGACGUUGCAAUAGAUGCCACAGGACCUAAAGGUGCAUGGACUAAACAGUAUUUUUUGGGAAAAAAAGGAAGAGUUAAAGAAGAACUUCCAAGCUCCUAAAAUUCUCAAAUGGAGACGAAAGGAUGCAUCGGUGUUCUAAAGGUUUUGAUGCUUCUUGAUAGAGACAUUAUUCUGAAUAUUCUUCCAUUUCUUUCUGGAGUUCUUGGAAAGAAACUUGGUUAA